AUUUUAGAGCCGACAGCGGUAACAUAAUGGAUAGAAUUUGGUUUGCAGUAAACGGUGUUAGAUAUUCAGUGGGAAGCGAGGUGGAUUCCACUACCACCUUGUUGGACUACUUGCGGUCGUCGCUGCAUCUCUUCGGCACCAAAUACAUGUGUCGCGAGGCCGGAUGCGGCGCCUGCAUUGUGUCCGCCGUGCGGCACCCGGGUGCGCCGCAUACAUCAAUAAACGCAUGUAUGGUAUCAAUUACAUCGUGCCAGAACUGGGAAAUAACGACCAUUGAGUGUCUGGGAGAUCAAGCUAAGGGUUAUAACAAAUUACAACAGCAGCUCGCGAAAGACAACGGGAGUCAGUGCGGCUACUGCAGUCCCAGUUGGAUCAUGACUAUGUAUAGCCUACUAAAAAGUAAACCAGAUAUUACAAGGCUUGAGAUCGAAAAAUCUUUAUCAAGUAACAUCUGCAGAUGUACUGGCUACAGGCCCAUUUUGGACGCUUUCAAAAAAUUCGGCAGCGACGCCGCUGAUCGAGUAACAGUAGAAGACAUUGAAGAUCUACACAUAUGUAGCCGUACCGGCAACGCUUGUAAAGGUUCUUGUGAUAAAGAUGAUUGGUGUAUCGUCACCAAAGACGAUAUCUAUGCAAACACUGUGAAACAUAUCGUAUUACACGAUAAUAGAGAUUGGUAUUCAGCAGAAACUGUCAGUGAAAUAUUUGAUAUCUUAAAAACAAAAGGGAAUAAGUCAUACAUGUUGGUUGCAGGAAAUACAGCCAAAGGAGUUUAUCCAAUAACUGAGUAUCCCCUAGUAUUGAUUGAUGUUAAUAACGUGUCUCAACUGAAGACAUUCGUGAUUGAUCAAAAUUUAGUAAUUGGGGCAGGAUUGACAAUAACAGAAGUUAUUGAAAUAUUUAAGACAGUGUCUCAAAGAGAAAACUUUAGCUAUUUAUUAACGGUAAAUGAACAUUUAGAAAAAGUAGCUCAUGUAGCUGUGCGCAAUAUUGCAACACUUGCUGGAAAUUUGGUUAUAAAACAUCGGAAUCCUGAAUUUCAAUCAGAUAUAUUUUUGCUGUUAGAAACUGUCGGAGCCCAAGUUACUAUAGCAAAGUCCAAAACAAGCAAAACAACAUUAAAUAUGCAGGAUUUUCUUAAACAAAAUUUAAAAGGGAAAAUCAUAAUUAAUGUGAUGUUGCCUCCGUUAAAUAAAAGUAAUAAAAUUGUAACAUAUAAGAUAGCACCUCGGGCGCAAAACGCGCAUGCGAUAGUAAACGCUGGCUUCUUGUAUGACAUUACAUCGACAGGUAAAGUAUCUACAGCGAGAAUUACAUAUGGCGGAUUAUCGCCAGCAUUUACGAGAGCGACUAAUACAGAAAUGAGUCUGAUAGGCAAAACCCUUUUUGAUAACGCCACAUUACAGUUAGCCAUACAGGCUUUAGUUAAGGAACUAGUUGUAACUGAAAAUCCCCCAGAACCAUCGGUAGCAUAUCGAAAACAUGUGGCUAUUUCAUUGUUUUAUAAGGGUUUACUCUCAUUUUGUCCACCAAGUAUACUGUCAUCGCAAUAUCAAUCCGGCGGUACUGAGAUACACGACAGUCGGCAAUUAUCGAGUGGCAGACAAAGUUUUGACACCGACCCUUCCUUGUGGCCGCUAAACCAGCCCGUCAUGAAAUUAGAAGCGACGAUACAAUGUUCAGGAGAAGCACAUUAUGUAGAAGACAUACCACCUAUCCCUAAAGAAGUAUUUGCCUCGUUUGUACUGAGCACAGUACCAUUGGGAACUUUAGAAUCUAUUGAUGCCAGCGAAGCCCUGAAACAACCAGGCGUUAUCGCAUUUUAUUCAGCUAAAGAUAUACCUGGUGUAAAUUCCUUCACACCAGCGGGUACGGUCUUUUAUGAAACAGACGAGGAGUUGUUAUGCGCCAAAGAAAUUAAAUAUUUCAACCAAGCUAUAGGAAUAAUUGUGGCAGAAACACGCUAUAUAGCAGACGUUGCUGCUAAGUUGGUAACGGCAAAGUAUAGCAAUGUUCAAAAGCCGGUGCUGGACAUUAAGAAAGCGAAAGACGACUCUAGCCGGCGUACUCUGUAUACAACGCAUGCCGCCACAGACAGAGGGACUGAUGUUUGUAAAAAGAUUACAGGAGAGAACACUAUAUAUGGCCAGUACCAUUUCAGUAUGGAAACCUUAGUAUGUGUUUCAAAACCAACGGAGCAAGGGAUAAAGGUGCAUCCUGCAUCUCAGUGGAUCGACGGAGUCCAAAUGACGACUUCUCGAGCUUUAAAUUUGCAAGAAAACUGUAUCGAUGUGUAUGUUCGUCGUAUCGGUGGAGCUUUUGGCAUUAAAAUAUCGCGAUCAAAUCAAGUAGCAGUGGCUUGUAACAUGGUUGUUCAAAAAUUGAAGCGACCUUGUCGGUUCAUACAGUCCCUGACCACUAACAUGAGAACCGUUGGAAAGAGGCUGCCUUGUACUAUUACUUUUGAGGUGGAAGUUGAUGGUAAAGGAGCUAUACAGUAUCUAAAAUACGAUUUGUACGAAGACAAUGGGUACAUUGUAAACGAGCCUUUCAUCAUGAUCGGGGACGGCGUGUACAACAACUGUUAUAGAGCUAGUCGUUGGGACUACGUCUCAUACAACUGCAUCACUGACACCGCUUCCAAUUCGUGGUGCAGGUCUCCAGGUUCAUUGGAAGCCAUCGUUAUGGCUGAAAAUAUAAUGGAACGAAUAUCAUACGAGAUGUCAGCGGAUCCUCUUCAAGUGCGUUUGUCUAAUUUAGAUACAGAUAACUACAAAGAUUUGUUAGAAAUGAUAGAUACAGUAAAAGAAAGCUCGGACUAUACUUGUCGGCGGCUUGAAGUUGACAAGUUUAAUGAGAAAAAUAGAUGGAAGAAACGUGGCUUACGAUUUUCAUUGAUGAGAUGGGCUCCAUCAGGAGGUCCAAUAUUUGUCACCACUCUAUCUGUCUAUCAUGACGAUGGUACUGUUGACAUCGUACACAGUGGUGUCGAAAUGGGUCAAGGUAUCAAUACUAAGGCUGCUCAAGUUUGCGCCUACUUUUUAAAAAUACCUUUAAACCUCAUAAAAAUUAAACCCAAUAAUACUAUGAUCGCCUGUAACGGGUUCAUAACCGGUGGAAGUUUGGCUUCGAUGUUCACGGCAUUGGGAGUAGAAAGAGCUUGCAAACAGUUGCUUGAAAGAUUGCAACCUAUAAGAGAGCAACUUGGAAACCCGACUUGGCAGGAACUAAUCGUCGCUGCUCAUGAUCAAAACGUAAAUCUGCAGGCGCACGGCUUUGUUAGCCGGAAAGACAUUCAGGAUUAUAAUAUAUACGGUGUAGCUGUAACUGAAGUCGAAGUUGAUAUAUUAACAGGUCAAUCGGAAGUAAUCAGAGUUGACUUAUUAGAAGACGCAGGUAUAAGUGUCAAUCAAGAAGUGGAUGUUGGUCAAGUAGAAGGAGCAUUUGUUAUGGGUCUUGGAUAUUGGACGAGUGAGCAGCUAGUUUAUGACCCUAAAACCGGAGAAAAUUUGACAAAUCGCACAUGGAACUACUUUGUUCCACAAGCGAGAGAUAUACCGCAAGACUUUCGAAUUAGUUUCAGAAAAAACUCUCAAGGACCUUCCACUUUUCUAGGGUCUAAAGCGAUUGGAGAACCACCUUUGUGUUUAUCAGUGGGCGUUACAUUUGCCAUGAGAGAAGCUAUAACUUCAGCCAGAUCAGACGGUGGGAUAUCCUCUUCGAAAUGGUUUCAAAUUGAUGGACCUUGGACUGUGGAACGUAUCUGCUUAGCUGCUGAUACCAAAUAUGAAGAUUUUAAAUUUAAUUAGUUUCAUUGAUAUCG